GGGGUAAACCGGAAAUAGCAUUUUUGUGUUUGCUUUUCACUAUUCUGGCGGAAAAGUUCAGCGACUUAGUUGAAAGGUAUCAACCGCUGCUGUUGCUGCUUACGUAUUUCGGGGAUCAGUGCUCCGUCUCUCUACUUUUACCCUUCCUUCCGUGGCCUGUUUCUGAGCCUGUCGAGGUAUUUUGGCCUGCCCGUGCUCCCGUCUCCCGUCCCGGCCGAGCCUGCAGAGCCAUGGCCGAGUACUCGUAUGUCAAGUCCACGAAACUCGUGCUCAAGGGAACCAAAGCCAAGAGCAAGAAGAAAAAGAACAAAGACAAGAAGAGGAAAAGAGAAGAGGAUGAAGAAACCCAACUUGAUAUUGUUGGAAUCUGGUGGACAGUAACAAACUUUGGUGAAAUUUCAGGAACCAUAGCAAUUGAGAUGGAUAAAGGAACCUACAUACAUGCACUUGACAAUGGACUUUUUACACUGGGAGCUCCACAUAAAGAAGUUGAUGAGGGGCCUAGUCCUCCAGAGCAAUUUACAGCUGUCAAACUGUCUGAUUCCAGAAUCGCCUUGAAAUCUGGCUAUGGAAAAUAUCUUGGUAUAAAUUCUGAUGGACUUGUUGUUGGGCGUUCAGAUGCAAUUGGACCAAGAGAGCAGUGGGAGCCAGUCUUCCAAGAUGGAAAGAUGGCGUUACUGGCCUCAAAUAGUUGUUUUAUUAGAUGCAAUGAGGCAGGAGACAUAGAAGCGAAAAAUAAAACAGCAGGAGAAGAAGAAAUGAUAAAAAUUAGAUCCUGUGCUGAAAGAGAGACCAAGAAAAAAGAUGACAUUCCUGAAGAAGACAAAGGAAAUGUCAAACAGUGUGAAAUCAACUAUGUAAAGAAAUUUCAGAGCUUCCAAGACCAAAAACUUAAAAUAAGUAAAGAAGAUAAUAAAAUUCUUAAAAAGGCCCGGAAAGAUGGAUUUUUACAUGAAACACUUCUGGACAGGAGAGCCAAAUUGAAAGCUGACAGAUACUGCAAAUGACCAGAAUUUUUGUUUCUCUGUUCUCCUUUUUUUUUUCCUGAAUAAAGUAAUUGGUGUAUUUUUGAA